AUGCCGAAGUUUAGCGACAAUUAUUACUAUCGUAAAUGUUACUUCGAGCGUGAUCAAGUUCCAACACAAAGCGUUAUGAGGAACAAAAUGUCUCCGCCGCUUGCAGAUGUAUAUUUCAAGUCCAUGACUCCUAAACUCAAAGUACUAGCGGGUCUCGAACCACCCAUGAAGGGCGGUGGCAGUGACUGGUAUGUCCCACCGCGUGAUAUCCUGCAGGGAAAAGCAGUCUUAAAGCCAGAAAAAAAGGAACAUCUUUCGAAACUAGGUUUCAUGGGCAUUGAUUUCUUUGGGGAACACUUAGUAAAACGCCACCAUAAAAACAUGGACGAAGAGCAAGAACGAGUGCUGCAAGAAAACGAUGCGAACUGGAAGAAGAAAGUGGAAAUAAGUUCCAGACAACAAUGGGAAGAGACGUCAAAAGAAGAAUCUCAACACAACACAUCUAAGAUACAAAACGGUUUUCACGAGUUCAGAAUGCUAUACGCCACGUCAGUCAACAACAUCGAGACGUUACUAUUUGAUGCAGCCAUUAACGAAAUAGAAGGAAUCAAGGAUAACGCCGUUAAGAAAAUGGAAGAGAGGUACAAAGUGUUCGUAAAACAACAAGCUGUAACUCUGUACGAUCAAUAUGCAAUGUAUUUGGAUAGAGAAAAGAAAAGAUUAAAAAACAAAUUUAUCGAAAACAUCGAACGAUCCAGAACAGCGGCGACAAACCAACUGCACAAUAUAAAAUUAGAUAAACACAUCGCCGUUGAAAAGCUACGUCUUUUUUUGGAAUGCCAGAACUUAGCAUGCCAAGUGUAUGUGGCACUUAAGGAACGCGAAGAUUGUAGGCUAGAAAUGGAGAAGUCAGAGCACAUACACAGGAAAAAGAUGAGAAAGUUAAAAGAAGAUAUCGCUCUGAAAGAUUUCGAAAUACAACUUUCAAACGAGAAGGAAAAGAAGCGGCAGGAGUUUAUUAGAAUAUGGAAGAAAAAGGUUUGUCAUGUUGUGAAAAAGUUUCAAGAGUUUGUUGGAUAUUGUUUAAAAGUGCUACCGAAUCAUGCCGAUUUCUUUAUCAAUAUGGAAAAAUUAAUGUUGAUACAGCUAAGCGAUGCAAUGGAAACGCCGUGUUCCGGAAGCAUUUUUAGUGCUGAACCCGAAUCGGAUAAGGACCCGGUCGCGAAACCGCAUCCUUUCUAUGUGUUCUGUGAUAAAGGAUUCAAACCUCAAAUAAACCAGGACCUAUGUCCGAAGCAUUGCACCUCGAGUGCCUCACUACUUCCAGUAGUUGUCGUUAACGAAAGAUUAAUUUAUUCCGCUUGCGACAAUCUUGAAGCUUUUCCAGACACUGUUAAACAAUUUAUUGACGGAAAGCGUGGCGAAGAUACGGACGUAGCAGAUGAUCACGAUUACACUUACGACAUCCCCGUGCGAUGCACAACGUCUCAGCAAGUACUCGAAUUAAAACUCGAGAGCUCCAUAAUGCAGAUUCUACAAAACGAAAUGCCGAACGUAAGAGAUGUUCCAACAAAGUGUUGUUUUUGCAAGAUUCCGUACUGUUUCUGUAGCCCGCUCCGACCCUCAGAAAUAGUGGUCGAUAAGCGCUCUAAAGCAGACCUAAAUCCAAUACCAGCAAAAGUACCAACGGGCGAGAAGAUGACAACACGCGAAAUAGAGCUGCAACAUCUGCGUGAACCAAAGUGGAAGAGCUACAUGAAAUACGUGGAGCCGCAGCGGUGCAAAUGUGGAAAACGAGCUAAAAAACAUCUUGAGGAACAUUUACCAGCUUAUAUGCGGCAAAGGUCAACAUACGAGCCGGUCGAGAUACCAAAUUAUGAACCGUGUUCGAUGGAAACUUUGAAAGAGUUGGUGAAAGAUGCUCAAGGUAAGAGAACACCUCCACCUACGCCGGAGAAGGCUGAAUCUAAAACCAGGAACGUCAGCACCCAAUUCUCAGAUCCUCAUUUCGAGGAGUUGUGCACGUGUUUCUCAGAUGAAGGUAUAGAGCAGCUAUUCAAGAAAUUAAUAAUAGAAUCGAGGUUAUUCGAUGACGCCGCAGCACCGAAGAUGCGUGUUGUGGAUGGUUCAAUAUCAGCGUCGCAUCUGGAGAAGAAGCCUGCUUCCUUUGCGGAGGAUACGGCGUACGCUUUGCGGUCUAUGAUACACGAUUCACCGAUUCUGGAGGAACUAUUCAAGAAGGGGGAUUGCAAGUUUUAG